AUGUCCCAGACCAUAGAACUCGCGCAGACUGGAAAACGGGAUCACUUGAAAAAGCUAGAGAAGAAGUAUCAAGGACGGUGGGCCGCUGAACGUCUGUUUGAAGUUGCUGCACCGUCUCCAGAAGAACUCAAGGGGCUUUCCAAGGCGGAAAUCAAGGAAAAUUUUCCUAAAUGGUUUGGAAACUUUCCCUAUCCCUACAUGAAUGGGAGUCUCCAUCUGGGACACGCGUUCACAAUCUCUAAAAUCGAGUUCACUGCUGGCUACCAGCGGAUGCUGGGUAAAAGAGUCCUCUUCCCCCACGGAUUCCACGUUACCGGUAUGCCAAUCAAGGCAUCGGCAGACAAAAUUAUCAGAGAAAUGGAACUCUUCGGUCCUGAUUUCGAGGACUACGAAGCCGUCCAAGCGGAAAUUGUCGCCAAGGCAGAGGCAGAGGAGAACGCUGUUGAUGAUGUAGCUUCAGCAGACAAAUCCAAAGCCAAGAAGGGAAAGCUCGUCGCGAAGUCGACCGGUCAUACUUAUCAAUUCCAGAUAAUGGAAUCCAUCGGCGUACCGCGGAGCGAUAUCAAAAAGUUUGCUGACCCGCUUCAUUGGUUGGACUACUUCCCUCCCAUUGCGAUUGCCGACCAUACCUCAUUUGGAUCCCGUAUUGACUGGCGCCGGAAAUUUCUCACAACGAAUGCAAAUCCCUAUUAUGACUCCUUCGUACGAUGGCAGACCAACAAGCUCUAUAACCUCAAAAAAAUCAAAUUCGGUGAACGGUACACGAUCUACAGUCCCAAAGAUGGUCAACCCUGUAUGGAUCACGAUCGACAGGAUGGUGAGGGUGUCGGACCCCAAGAAUACACCGCCAUCAAAGCAGAUGUCCUCGAGUGGAGUUCAGCCGCAAAAGCUGAGAUUGAAGGAAAAGUAGGCAAUCGAAAGGUCUAUUUCGUUGCAGCUACCCUUAGGCCAGAAACCAUGUAUGGUCAAACCAACUGUUUUGUCGGAACCGCUAUCAAGUAUGGUGUGUUCGGUAUCAAUGACAAAGAGGCCUAUGUGUGCACCUACAGAGCUGCACGAAAUAUGGCCUUCCAGGGAAUUACCAGCGUUCGAGGAGAAAUCAAUCAACUUUUGACAAUUGACGGGACUAAACUUGUCGGCACGAAGAUCAAACCUCCUUUUGCAAUUCAUCCCGAAGUCUAUGUUCUUCCUAUGGAUAAUGUUCUGGCUACGAAGGGAACUGGUGUCGUUACUUCCGUCCCCUCCGACUCGCCCGACGAUUUCCAAACCCUCACUGACCUGAGAAAGAAGCCCGAGUUCUACAAGAUUGAUUCUGCCUGGGUCGCUUAUGACCCAGUUCCCGUUCUCUCAACGCCAACUUACGGUGAAAUGACUGCACCUGCUGUCGUUAAGCAACUGAAAAUCCAAUCGCAGAAGGAUACGAAGCAGUUGGCUGAAGCCAAAGAGAUUGCAUAUAAGGAGGGUUUCUAUAACGGUAUCAUGCUUGUUGGCGAAUUCAAGGGAGAGUCCGUCCAAGAUGCGAAGCCAAAGGUUCGGAGUAGUAUGAUCGAACAAGGCGUUGCUUUUGCCUACGCGGAACCGGAAGGUUUGGUCAUCUCCCGAAGUGCUGAUGAGUGUGUGGUCGCUCUCAUGGAUCAAUGGUACUUGGACUAUGGUGAGCCAACCUGGAGGGCUGAAGUAGAGAGGCACUUGAAGAGUAUGGAGCUCUAUGGAAACGAGACUCGAAACGCCUUUGAGAAAACGCUUGCGUGGUUGAACAAGUGGGCAUGCGCAAGGACUUAUGGACUUGGUUCAAAACUACCUUGGGAUCCCCAUUUCCUUGUGGAGUCUUUGAGUGAUUCUACGAUUUACAUGGCGUAUUACACCGUGGCUCAACUACUUCAUGAAAACAGUAUCGAUGGUUCCAACCCCGGGCCUUUGGGAAUCACGCCAGACCAAAUGACUGACGAAGUCUGGGAAUAUGUCUUCGCGACUGGACCUUGGCCAGCUUCUGCGCCAUUACCUAAGGAAAAAGCAGAUGCCUUGAAGCACGAGUUCGAGUACUUCUACCCUUUCGAUAUUCGUUCUUCAGGUAAAGACCUUAUCAACAAUCACUUGACAUUUGCGUUGUACAAUCACAUCGCGCUCUUCCCCGAGGACAAGUGGCCGAUCAGUAUGCGUACGAACGGGCAUCUCUUGUUGAAUGGUGCGAAAAUGUCCAAGAGUACCGGUAACUCUCUGACCUUACGGGAUGCGGUGGAAAAGUUUGGCGCCGAUGCGACUAGGUUGGCUUUAGCUGACGCUGGAGAUGGUAUUGAAGAUGCCAAUUUCGAUGAGAAGACGGCAAAUGCCAACAUUCUGCGUGUCCAUACCCUUCUUGCGUGGUGCGAGGACAUGCUCAAAGACCAUAGUCUACGCAACGGCCCUCGAAACUCUUACCAUGAUAAAGUCUUUGAGCAUGAGGUUAAUGAAUUGAUCAACAUCACCAAAGGUCAUUACGAUUCACUGAACUUCAAGGACGCUCUCAAAUACGGUUUCUACGAAUUACAAAGUGCUCGGGAUUGGUACCGAGAGGUUACCUCCGAUAUUGGAAUGCAUGCAGACCUUGUGACAUACUGGAUAAGAACGGCGGCGUUAUUGGUCUCACCUAUUGCACCUCACUUUGCGGAGCAUAUCUGGACAGAAUUGUUGAAAGAACCGCAAUCGAUUCAACUAGCUCGCUGGCCUGUCCCAUCUCAGUCUGUGGAUACCACCGUCCUCGAAACCGGACAGUACAUGCGUGGUACUAUCAAGAUGAUUCGUGAUUCCGAGGCACAUCUCUUGAAGAUGCUUAGCAAGAACAAAGGCAAAGGCAAGAAAGACGGAGACGCACCCUUCGAUCCCAAGAAACCGAAAGCUGUUCGUAUUUACGUCGCCACUAAAUUCCCGGAGUGGCAGGAUGUAUGUGUUCAGGUGGUGAAAGAGUGUUAUGAUGAAGCCUCAGACAAGGUUGACGAUGUCAAAGUCCGAACUCUGUUGACGGAGAAGGGUUUGAUCAAGGAUAAACAUGCUAUGCCUUUCAUACAGCUGUUCAAGAAACGUAUGGCACAAUUCGGUGCACAAACCGCUUUCCGUCGAGCGUUGCCGUUCUCGGAACGGGACAUUUUGUCAGAGGUUUCGCUCUAUUUGAAGAAAUCAUUGAAUCUUGAAGAUGCCGAAGUGAUGUUGACUGACGAGGCUCGCGCCAAAAAUGGGGAAGCGGGUUAUACUAAGAGCAUCAUUGAUACUUCAGAACCUGGUAAUCCUGCUUUUGAAUAUCGCAAUGUUUAG